AUGAUAGGCUCCAAGUAUCUUUCUCGCCUGCGACAGCACGGAACUUCAAGCAAGCAAGAAUCCAACAACCCCUCUUCGUCAGAGGCAGCUUUGCCUCCUCGCUCACUGAUUUUGAGCAAAACUAUCAAGUUGCAGCCUCCAGACAAGAUGAAGUUUGAGCCCAGCUUCGUUGCGGUUCCUGGCUAUCGCACACCUCCGGUGCCGAAUUGGGGAGUGAAACAGGAGCUAGAAAUGGCUGCAAUCAAUGUAGAGUCAGUCUCACAUCUGCACCUAUACAUAUAUGAGCCAAACUACGCCUCGCCAGACGAUUUUACCUGGGAGAACUUCCUAAAGGCAGGUAGCGAUCUUGCUGAAGAUUUGGCGCGUCUUGCAGAGGAGUGCCCAAACCGCCCAGUUAUAUUCAUCGCUCAUUCCCUUGGUGGCGUCCUAUUGAAAAAAGCACUCCUUCUAGCUCAUGAGAACGUUCACGAUGCACGAUUCAAGCUAGUCAUUGACUGCCUCUCAGGCAUUCUUUUUCUUGGCACGCCGCAUUCUGGCAAUACGGAUGCAGAUACUUUGAUCAGCCACAAUCAGAUCCUGCAUAGCUGCGCAAAGAUCUCUGUUGAAAAGCAAGCCUCAAAGCUUCCGCUGCAAGAUGUUCAUGCGCUGGCAAAUUUGGCCGCGACUUUUGAGCAGAUUGCAAACAUACCUAUUUUAUCAGUCUUUGAGCAUGCUGAAAGUCAAUCAAACAUGCACACCAUUGAAAGGUUCUUUGGCACCAAGAAAAAGGCCCUAGUCGAUGAACAACUUGCGACCGUCUCUUCAAAUGCAGAGCAAAUGUUGGGCAUCCACUUGUCUCACGGGGAGUUGUGCAAAAUAUCGCGUCUGCACGAUGUGCACACAUCUCUUUCCGCGAGAACUUUUCUUCGACGUCUUCUUCAGGACAUGUCAACACACGAAUUGGAACGCUGGACAACCGGUAGGAGCAGGGCAGCAAACGAGCCAGGGCAGGGCCUCAUGCAUACUCCGUCUAAUCCCUUGAACCCCCGAAACCUCGCCACUAUUCAGCCUCUUCAUACAAUCAACAAGAAACCGAUCCUUCGCUCUUCUCAAAGUUCCAGCAUGGAUGGGCGCGCUACGCAAAACCACGAAAAGCUUCCACCACACUUGGACAUGGUAUCCGCAAGCCGUGGCCGACUCCUGGGGUCAAGGACGGCCAAGCUUCCCUGCUUUGUGAUGGCACAACACUCACCCAAUACAGACUUUGUUGGCCGUAUUGACAUAUUUCCUCUGAUGGAUGGAUGUCUUUUGCCCCGGCAGACUCCAGGGUCGAAAGGCGUUGAAAGUACCCAGUUAUAUGCGCUAUGUGGCAUGGGAGGCAUGGGGAAGACUGAUUUGGCAGUCGAAUACGCCUACUCUAGGCGAGACAAGUUUGAUGCCAUCUUUUGGCUUGACUCGGAUGGUGUGUCACAGCUGGCAACAGAUUUUGGGCGAAUCUCCAUGGAACUCGGGCUUGAAACACCCGAAGAGGCACAAGAUCUCGAAACGAGCAUUGAGAUUGCUAAAGCGUGGUUCACCAAGCCAUCUAAUAAAGGGAAGCAAGAAGGAGAAGCUCCAGAAAACAAGUCUUGGCUCCUGAUCUUUGACAACGCAGACAACCUGGAUGUGAUUACCGACUACGUGCCUCUUACUGGAAACGGGUCUAUACUGGUUACCAGCAGAGACCCUGCUGCCAAAACCAAGUUCUUUGCUCAUGGAUCCGGUAUUGAUCUGACACCUUUAGGGUCAACUGAAGCCGUAGAGCUGUUGUGGAAAUUGGUCCAGCGAUCUAGUGAAGGCCUCAGUCAAGAUGAGCAGAAUGCGUCUCAGGCCAUCGCUGCUGAAUUUGACGGCUUACCAUUGGCCUUGAUCCAAACUGCAGGGUACAUUCGUUGGAGACAACUGUCUAUGCGAGAGUUUGUGGAUCAGUAUCGCCCCGAUGCGCAGUACAAAGCGGUGCACCAUGUGGCCAGUCAUUCACACUUGCGACGGUAUACACACACUUUAGCCACGGCAUACAAUAUUCAGGAACUCAGUCGGAGUGCUACCAAACUGCUGCAGCUUAUCGCCUUUAUGAAUCCAGACAGAAUACAGGAGGAAGUCUUCCUCAAUCCAAUGCCACAGGAAGCCGAUAACGACUAUCUUUGGACCUUUGAAGUCUUUGACAGCGCCAGGCACGAGCUCCUCGCCACUUCCUUGAUCAAACGCAACAUUGACAAGAAGGAGCUUUCUAUUCAUCGAGUUAUUCAAGCCGAAGUACGGAUUAGGAUGUCAGAAAAAGAGCGGUACGACACGUUCAGAGAGGCCACGGCUCUUCUUGCAGUUCUUUGGCCUCCAGGUAAUCUCUGCACUCAAGCAAGCGAGCGAUGGCCGUUGUGCGCAAAGCUCCUGCCUCACUUGGAACGAUUAUACCAGGUGUACAAUGAUUAUUCAAAGGCUUGGAAACGAUGGGAAGUGGACCCAGCACUACCUGAGCUGAUGAACGAAGCCGCUGUAUAUCUUCAUGAACGAGGAUUCUCUCACGACGGGAAGCCCUAUCUGAAUCUGGCACUGUCACUCUGUGAAAAGGGCAACUUGGUUCACGAGCCACUCAUCAGCGAUAUGCAUCUCACAAUGGGUGCUCUAUCUAAUGAAACCAAUGAUGCUCAGGCGUGUCUUGAACACAACAGCUUGUGCCUCGCCAAACGUAAAGAAGAAGCCGCCAAUAAUAACAAGCCCGAUCUUCGUCUCGCCUUUGCACACAGCCAAAUGGGCAUUGCCUACAUGAUGGUCAAGAAGUUUGCGCUUGCUACCGAAUACUUCAAGCAGUGUGUAGAGAUGUUAGAUGGGCUGGAUAUCGACGUGGACGAAUACGGGUUCCCUGUUUGUAAUCUUGGUCUGGCAUACUGGGUUCAAGGGCAGCUUCAGGAAGCAGAUGGCACUCUUACUGCACUUUUGGCACAACGUGAGAAAAGACAUGGCAAACUGGACAAGGUGUCAUACAAGGUCCUCCAAGCUCUCGGAAAUGUCAAGAUGAGUCUAGCAAGACAAGCCGAGGAGCGGGGCAACCAAGAGGAGGCGAAGUUGCUGUGGAACGAAGCAUUCCAACUUCAUACCUGGUGUCUCCAGCAAUACGAGUCAACGUUGGGAGAGUUCAACCACCGCACAGCAGAUGCUUGCCACAAGCUCGCAGAGCAUCACAUACGUUUGAAGAAUCACGAUACUGCACAGGACUACCUCGAUCGUGGCCUCAGCAUCUGGGGCGAAAGGCCGUGGUUUAGGAAUGAAUCAGCCAGGUCAUCUUUCUUGCGUGGAUUUCACCUCAAGUCUAUUGGCGGGAGAGAAAACGAGAAAGAGGGUACCUGGUGGAUAGAGCGGGCUACGCUGCUGCGCAAGUCGAUUUUACCAAAUGAGGCGGCGAAAGGGUUGGAGCCAGCUGACUUUGAUGAUUUGGUUUGCUUCUGGUCAAUUUAG